AUGUCCAUCAACGGCAACGGCUCCAGCAGCCGACAAGGAGUCAACCCCCUCCGACCAUACUACAUCCCUCCCACCAUCGGCGACCAGGCCGCCCACACAUCCAACAUCCCAGGCCCCACUGCCUUCUCCCGCACGGCGCCCUCGCCAUCGUCGUCGCCGCCCUCGCCGUCACAUGCCAGCCCUCCCGGCCAGUACGCGUCCAAGGCACGCGACAUCUUCUCCGACCUCGACUACAAGGACUACAUCUCCGACCCCUCGCCCUCCGUCGUCCGCUCCGUCAAGGAUGUCGUCGACGAGUUGAUCUGGAAGUACUCAUCCGUCUUCCUGGCCCAGCCCUUCGAGGCCGCCAAGCUGCUCCUGCAGGUCCGCGCCCAGGAUGAUCUCGGCGGGCUGGCAACAGCCUCGCCUCCGGCCACGCCCGCCCCAGUCUCCACCAAGGCGAGCUUCAAGAGUCCGUGGAACGAGGAGAUCCCCGAUUCCGACUCCGAGGGCGACGAGCCAGCCUACUUCACCUCCAACGCCCCCACGACGCCUUCACCAGCACGCACAAGGAGGAGGAGAUCCCUAACGCCCCCGCCAGACUCACCCCAACCGACUAAAAAGCCAGAAGUGCCACCCCACAUCCUCAAUAUCAGCCGGCCUGAUUCCAUAAGCGAAGUUUUGUCACAGCUAUGGCAGAGAGAAGGAGCCUGGGGCACGUGGAAGGGCACCAAUGCUACAUUUGUAUAUACCGUCCUUCAGUCACUACUGGAGAACUGGUCACGCAGUCUGCUGAGUGCACUCUUUGACGUGCCGGACCUGGGUUUGAAGACCGAUCUAGACAGGCUUGCCGACAUCGCGUCGCCCUAUCCGUGGGCCUCCCUCGGCGUGGCGGCAGCUGCCGCAGUUGUUACGAGUCUCGUCCUCUCGCCGCUUGAUCUUGUUCGAACGAGACUGAUAAUCACGUCUACAACACGUGGCCCGCGACGAACAAUCGCCCUUCUCCGUUCUCUUCCUUCCUACCUGUGCCCGUCGAGCCUCUUCCUGCCCACUGUCCUGCACUCACUGGUGCAUCCCGUCCUCGCCCUUUCCACGCCGUUGGUCCUGCGCACCAAAUUCUUGAUCGAUAGCGAGUUGUCACCGGCCACCUUUUCGGUCGCCAAGUUCUGCUCGUCGGCCGCGGCCCUCCUCAUAAAACUGCCCCUGGAGACCGUUCUGCGCCGCGGCCAAGUCGCCGUUCUCGGCCAACCCAGCUACACCAAAGCCGCCGACGGAGCGGCCAGUCCGCCCGCAUCAUCGAAGAUUGGGAGGCAUGCCGGCGCGGCCAAGACUGCCGCAUCCGCACCCUUGGAGGCAAUCGUACACCCCGGCAGAUACCAAGGCGUAGUCGGCACUAUGUACGCAAUCGUGAAUGAGGAAGGGUCCCGGGCCGUGCACGCAGCACCAGCAGCAGCCACCAAGGGAAAGACGGCCUCUAAGAAGGGUAGGAAACAAGUGGCCGAGACUGUUUACCGACGUGGGCAAGGGCUGGACGGUUUGUGGCGGGGAUGGAAGGUUAACACAUGGGGUCUGGUCGGGCUAUGGAUGGCUUCCGUGGCUGGUGGAGGCGGCGACGGGGAGUUCUGA